CAACGAGGCGUGACGAAUAGCAAUUUUUCGUCUUCCGCCUCUUUUGUUUUUGUUUCAUUUUUCUGCAUCCUUUUUCUCAUUCAACCAAACCUGUCUCCGUGCUUCCUGAGAUGACUGAGACAGAGCACACCACCUACCAGCUGAUCUACGUUCAAAGCUGCAAUGUGACAAGCUGAGGUGACACCAUGCCCAAGUGUCAGGAUGACACACAAACCUGGAAGGCAGCAGUGGCUUAAAAGGCAAAAGAGUCAAUAAUCUGCAACUCAUUCCUUUUUCCGACGCCGUCUGACCAACCACUUGCCUACAGUAACUCAAAGAUGCUGACUCACGGGGAAGUGUGGAGCUGCCCAUGCAGGAAGAUGAAGCUACGUGCACCUUCCACUUUGGCAGAAAAGCAUCAGCCAUGCAGAAACACUUCACUGUCCAGGUCUUCCAUGGAAGAGGUCUGCACUUCUCAAAGUGACAUUCUUGUUAUACUGUACGUAUGGUUAUUUACAGCAUCCCUAAGCCUAAAACAACAAAUCUAAUGUGGGUAAGACUUUUGCACAGUACUGUGUACGUAUACAUUUGUAGAUGCAUAAAGAUGCAUACAGGGUAGACACCUUUAACAGUUAUGUGAAAACACAAAAUGAAAUAGUGACGAUACUGCUAUGAUAAUAAUUAUAAUUAUAAUAAUCAUAAAGAAGAUUAGAAAACCCAAAUUAUUAAUAUUUCUAAUAGAAUAACAAUGUUAUUUCGUACCACAGCUAUAUAACACAAGAUGGAGACUGUCUGGAUGGGGUUUUAAAAGUCACAUGGGGUGUGAAAGGGAUGCACCCACCAGGUUUUUAUUUGUAUUUUUUAUUUUGAUUUUAAUUUGGUUUAUUUGUAGCAGGUCCCAAUCUAGUUGUGCUUUCAACAAAGCUAGGCACCCAAGAUGGGCCUUGGGCAGGGAGUUUAUGGAUUUUUGUUCUCUCCCACUCAUAGAUGCACACACACCAUUUUUGUGUUUUAUGAUAUUUGAGAGUAACCUUUUACAAUAAUUUUUCCUGAUGUCCGCCCUUUUCAUUGGCCUAUGGAGAGCGUCUUUACAUCACAUCACUGAUGGCAGAUGAGGACCUGCCCAGACCGUUGGUGCCAAGGAGAGAAAAUCCACAGAAAAAUAGCAGCAUAUCGAACUCUGCAGAGGUUGGGAGAACCGACACGAAAUCUGUUCAGUAGCAGUAACAGAAGGAACUGCUGUGCUUCCUACAGAAAGAUCUCGAGGAGUCAAAUUGAAGUGGCUGGAGUGGGGAAGGCGAGGAAGGGGAGAGUGAGCGAGACCGAGAGAGAAGCGGGCAAGCCACCAGCCCAGAAACCUGGAAAUCAACGUAAACUUGGCUCAGAGCAGGCAAAGAAAUGUCUACUUUGACAUAGCGAUAUGCUCGGGGUCGCAGAACAACGCACCGCGCCGUGAGUUUUGGCGACAAGGAGCGGGUCGUUUGUGGACAACUCGCGGCGACCGAACUCUGGACGCAAGAACGUAACAACAGUGGCAAAAAAAAGGCGAGCAUUACACACGCAGCAGGGACAAUAAAACAACACCACGAUAGUACCGAAGGUGAGGUCCGAAGCACACUUGAUAUUCUUGUUUGGAGAAUUCAACAUGUACGUUUCCGGCGUGAACUUUAAUCUCAGGAAACAAUGAAGACUUAGCGAAGGAAGAAGUCAUCAAGUGUUUCGGACCCGCUCCCGUUAGCUCGGCUAUUCCUGCUUGAGAGCGAAUGCGAGGUAAAGCUAACGCGUGCUAGUGUAGCCCAUAGGCAAAGUUAGCUUGUCGGCUAACGCUAGCUGACAGUCUAAAUCGCCUUUUUUGCUCAACUUUUGCUGUUGUUUCCCUGGAGCCCAAACACUGAAGGAGUUUUCUAAUAAAAGAGGGGAAGGGCGGGCUCCCUUCUGGACUUGUUCCCCUCUACAUAUUUUCCCGGAAUGAUGGCAGCGGAGGUCAGUAGCGAGGAGACGGGCUCGGUCACGACGGGGACAGGCGGAGGAGGCCCGGAGACGGCCCCUUUCCCUUGCUAUCCCACGUCAACCAGAAUGAGAGUGGCGGAUUUGGGACCUGCACCGGCCGUCCGUCAACACUCAAAUACAUCCCCGGACUCGCUCUCGGACAUGAGCGUGAUCUAUCCCUUGUCAAGUGGGGAUAUAAGCGGAGCAGCCCUGUCCACAACAGGGAGUGGCGCAGGUGGACAUUCAGUUUUCCAAGGAACGAGCUCAGGGAACGUGGGCGGCAUGUGCGGCUCUCCCACUUCAGAGGCAUCGGCCUGUCGGAUUUCACCAACAUCUUCAGGCACGGACGGGGUGGCCGACUUCCCCCCACUACCGCCGCCUCCUCCUCCUCCCCCUCCCCCUCCGGGUUGUGGCGGACUCGGCGGCACGAUGGAUGAAAGCGACCUGCAAGAUGGGCCGGAAUACGAGGAGGAAGAAGUGAUGUUCCCCCUGUCUGCACCUCCCACAAACCAGUGGUACCAUGGCAAGCUAGACCGAACCAUUGCUGAGGAGCGGCUACGCCAGGCCCGGACGCAUGGCAGCUACCUCAUUAGGGAGAGUGACCGCCGGCCCGGUUCUUUUGUCCUGUCUUUCCUCAGCAUGACGAAUGUGGUCAACCACUUCAGGAUAAUUGCCAUGUGUGGGGACUAUUACAUAGGCGGGAGGCGGUUUUCUUCCUUAUCAGACCUAAUUGGUUACUACAGUUACGUGUCUUGCCUGCUCAAAGGAGAAAAGCUGCAGUGGCCCGUGGCCCCUCCAGAGCCUGUAGAAGACAGGAGGAGAGUAAGGGCCAUCCUACCAUACACCAAAGUGCCAGAUACUGAUGAGAUCAGCUUCCUGAAGGGAGACAUGUUCAUCGUUCACAAUGAACUGGACGACGGCUGGAUGUGGGUAACUAACGUUCGUACAGAGGAGCAGGGCCUCAUUGUGGAGGAUCUAGUGGAGGAGGUGAACCGGGAAGAGGAUCCACAUGAGGGGAAAAUCUGGUAUCAUGGAAAGAUCACGAAACAAGAGGCGUACAACCUGCUGAUGACAGUUGGCCAGGUGUGCAGUUUCCUCGUGCGGCCAUCAGACAACACACCUGGUGACUACUCCCUAUUUUUUCGCACCAAUGAAAACAUCCAAAGGUUUAAGAUCUCUCCCACUCCCAACAACCAAUAUAUGAUGGGAGGGAGGUACUACAACAGUGUUGACGACAUCAUCGACCAUUACAAGAAAGAACAGAUUGUCGAGGGCUACAACUUGAAAGAUCCCGUUUCAGUACAGCACCAGGAACAAGUUAUCAGUGACACAGUGGAUGGGCGAGAAAUUUACAACACAAUCAGACGAAAACCAAAAGAUGCAUUCUACAAAAACAUUGUCAAGAAGGGCUACAUCCUCUUCAACAAAGGCAAAGGCAAACGAUGGAAGAACCUUUAUUUCAUCCUGGAGGGUAACGAUGCCCAGCUAAUCUACUUUGAGAGUGAGAAAAGAGCCACCAAACCCAAAGGGUUGAUUGACCUAAGUGUGUGCUCCGUGUAUGGUGUGCAUGACAGUCUCUUUGGCAGGCCAAACUGUUUCCAGAUUGUUGUCCAGCACUUUAGUGAGGAACAAUACAUUUUCUACUUUGCCGGGGAGGCUCCAGAGCAGGCACAGGAUUGGAUGAAAUGCCUUCAAACAUUCUGCAGUAAUUUACGGAAAACAACUCAGCCCACCUCCAACAAAAGGCUGAGACAGGUGAGCAGCCUGGUUCUCUACGUGGAGGAGGCCCAUAAGCUGCCUGUGAAGUAUUUCACCAACCCUUACUGUAACAUCUACCUGAACAAUGUCCAGGUGGCCAAAACGCACCCGAGGGAGGGGCCGAACCCUGUCUUCACUGAGGAAUUCAUUUUUGAUGACCUCUCGAGUGAAAUCAACAGAUUUGAGAUCAGCCUGAGCAACAAAACAAAAAAGAGCAAAGAAAGUGACAUCUUAUUCAUGCGUUGCCAGCUGAGCCGUCUGCAGAAGGGCCAGAUGAUUGACGAGUGGUUCCCUCUCAGCUCCCACGUGCCUCUGAAGGGCAUCGAGCCGGGCUCCCUACGCGUACGUGCACGCUACUCCAUGGAGAAGAUCAUGCCUGAAGAGGAGUACAGUGAGUUUAAAGAGAUGAUACUGCAGAAAGAGUUCCAUGUCAUCUACGCUCUGGCCCACGUGUGUGGUCAGGACCGCACCUUACUUGCAAGCCUCCUCCUGAGGAUCUUCAGACACGAAAAGGCUGAAGCCCCUCUUCUCAGGACUCUCAAUGAUAGAGAGAUUAACAUGGAGGAUGAAGCUACGACGUUAUUCCGGGCGACCACGCUGGCCAGCACACUGAUGGAGCAGUACAUGAAGGCCACGGCUACACCCUUCGUCCAUCACGCCCUGAAGGACACCAUUCUCAAGAUCAUGGAGAGCAAACAGUCCUGUGAGUUAAACCCUUCCAAACUGGAAAAGAAUGAGGAUGUCAACCUGAACCUGGCUCACCUCCUAAAUAUCCUGUCAGAACUGGUAGAAAAGAUCUUCAUGGCUGCCGAGAUCUUACCACCGACGCUAAGAUUCAUUUAUGGCUGUUUGCAAAAAUCCGUGCAGCAGAAAUGGCCAGCUAAUACCACCAUGAGGACCAGAGUUGUAAGUGGUUUCGUCUUUCUAAGACUCAUCGGUCCUGCAAUCCUCAAUCCGAGAAUGUUCAACAUUAUAGCUGACCCUCCUUCUUCAACAGCUGGCAGGACCCUCACACUGGUGGCAAAGUCUGUUCAGAACCUGGCCAACCUGGUCGAAUUCGGUGCUAAGGAGCCUUAUAUGGAGGGUGUGAACCCUUUCAUCAAAAACAAUAAGCAUAGGAUGAUCAUGUUUCUGGAUGAGUUGGGGAAUGUUCGCGAGCUCCCUGAAACCACAGAGCACUUUAGGACGGAUCUGUCCCGAGACCUGGCCGCAUUGCACGAGCUCUGCGCCGCGCACUCAGAUGAGCUUCGGACGCUCAGUAACGAGAGGGGGGCACAGCAGCAUGUGUUAAAAAAGCUGCUGGCCAUCACAGAGCUCCUCCAGCAGAAGCAGGCUCAGUAUGCCAUGUCCAACAGCAACAGGACCGAGUGUACCAUCAUGUCACUGGCAGCUGCCAUCCAGGUCAUGUGAAUUCCAUGGAAUUACACCUCAGAGUCAAAGUGCCAGCCAGAAAGCGAGGCCUGAAGUCUGCUUGCAUUUCUCAGAAUAUGGCCUACUAUUUCCAUAGUUCAAAUGCAAUAUGGCUGCUCUCCAUUGAGAGUAGGGGGCAGGGGGUGGAAACAUAUUUGCUGCAUAUGUGAACAUUGUCCUUCUAAAGCCUUUCCCAAAUAUGCUUUACAUGCAGUGUUGGAACGAUUUAUACUGGACCUGAGCUACAGUCAAAACUGUAUGAACUCCCUUAUAUGUAUAUGGACAAAGGGGGAGGAGGCAACCAAAGCACUGAAGUAGCAGCUGCACUCAUCAGGGAAUUUGAACACGAGACUACACAAGCCGCCUUAAGUCCCCUUUUGACGCACUGUCCACCCCACAACACUUGUUAGAUUUUUUUAUACGCUGCUUUGUCAAUUGAGAAUCAAAAUGUGUUUUUAUGGCGUAGCUAAAUGGCAGAAAGGUAGUUUUGUUUAGGAGGUGUGUGUGUGUAACCUGUCUUGUACAUGUUAAUCCUGCCUCCAUAAACUCUGCUCUUAUCACCUAAAGGCCGGCGGUUUGAUCGGAUGCUUUUACUUAAGCGGGGUACACGUGUACUGAUUUUUAACAUCUUAAAUGAGACCCCGCAAAUGAGGGUGAGUUAAAAUUGCUGCCAUGAUGCCAUAGUACCCUGAUUGACCUGUGGGUAUCCAGACUGCCAGAAAAUACAAAGACAAGGAGCUACGCUAACUGUUAUCUUGUAUGGUAACAAAAUUGCAGUUGCAAACUAUUCUCUGGUGUUUCGAAUCAUUCCCUCCUCUCUAGUGGUUCUCAAAACAUUUUAUCCCAAGUACUACAUAAAAAAAAUACUCAGCUCUCUUAAGUACUACCACCAUGACCAACACUAAAAUACAGUAGCUUAACCAGCCCAAGUUUUCUUCCAUCAAAACCGAGGCAGCGGUUUAAUUCAAUAUUAUUGUAAGCCGUUGUAACUUCAUGCACAGUUUCAACAUUAUCACUGUGCAUAAAUGAUUCAAUUAAGUAUUGCACAUAAAAUAAAUAAUGUAUUAUACUAAAAAGUUAAACAGCUAAACUGAUGAACAAAUUUACUGUACUGGAUUAAAAAAAAAAAUGUAAGUCACUAACUUUAUGCAGUUUGAACAUUGGAUAUACUUUUGACUAUCACUAGAGGGAGCCUGCGUGCCACACUUCAGAAUCACUGCCCUAAUCACAAGUAUAUAGGGAUUGUCUUUGUUUAUACUGGACUAAAUAAUAGUUCCCUCAUCAGUCUCACAAAAAUGAGUUUUAGAACAGUAUUUGUGCUCGCUCUUAAUUACAUCAUGACAAUUAUCAGUAUGCGUGUACCCCGCUUCCUCUCUUUUGGAGCACACCACCGCAAUCUCUUGACUGUUUUCUUCCACACAAGUACUGUAAUCACACCACGCUACAGUUGCAAAGGAAUGGAGAAAUUCCAUGGGAAAUUUGGAAAUACUAUAUUCAAAUUGGAAACUUUACAUGCAAAUUGUAAAUCAAGGUACCACUGCACUUGCAUGAAAUCUGGUUGUUUUAGUUAGGAUUAUGCUCAAAUAUGUUUUCUCCAACUAUAUCCAAGUUCCUUAUCAAUUUUGUAAAAUUCCCUUUUAUCAAUUCCCAUGGAAAAUUUAAAAUGUUGAAAAUUCCCCAAAUUUAGCCCACCUCGACUGGUCUUAAGUCUGCCUUGGCCGACUCGUCUGAAUUCGUGCCCGUCCUGUAGCUCAAACUAUUUACCUUGGAUGCAUGUAAUGAUACUACAGACCUCACCGAGCGUCAAUGGGUGAGAUAAGAGUUCUGCUGUCGGCUGCGCCACCAGGUACGGAAGACCCGACGGCAACGUGGUGUGUUCGCACUGUACUUUCUUUCAUACGCUCGACGAUGUGUUCCUUUUUAUUUUUCUACCUGAUACUGAACCUUUUUGCAUCUUAGCUAGAGCAACCUUGCAAAAAUAAAAUCUACUGUUGUGA